AUGGCCUUUAUCGCGGCCCUCGGCUUCUACCCAAAGAAUGAUGUAUCCAACGAGCAAGUUAUCACCUUUGAUUACAAAGACCGCGUUGCGGUCGUAACUAUCAACCGUUCUGAGAAGCUCAACCCUCUCAACCGGGACCUUUACUAUCUCCUCGGUGAGCGUCUUCGCGAGAUUGACCGGCGUGAGGACAUCACAGUCACGGUAAUAAUCGGUGCCGGUCGGUUCUUUUCAGCUGGUGCCGAUGUCUCAACUUCCCGCCCAAGCGCGAAGUCCAGCCCCAGCAUUCGUCGAGAACUUGUAAAAGGCUUUGCAAACAAUAUCUACUUAACGCGCACAUUCUAUACUCACAGCAAGGUCCUCAUAGUAGCUCUCAAUGGGCGAGCGGUCGGCCUCUCCACAGCCCUGGUUGCCCACGCUGACUUCAUGUACGCCGCCCCGCAUACAUUUAUCUUAACUCCCUUCUCCUCUCUCGGUAUUGUCGCUGAAGGUGGCGACAGUAGAGCCUUCGUCGAACGUCUUGGUAUCGCCAAGGCCAACGAGGCCCUUAUAAUGGGCAAGCGGAUCACAUGUGACGAACUUGUCAAGACCGGUUUCGUGAACAAAGUUGUCUUUGCACCUUCCGGCAAAUUCGACGACUCGACAGGUUUUUUAAAGAAGGUGCUUGACGAGGUCGAAGAUAGCCUUGGACUGCAUCUGAACCAAUCUUCUUUGUUGAAGAUCAAAGAGCUAAUCAGACGCCCUGGAAGAGAGUUGCUUGAUCGGCAGGGUGGGCUUGAGGCAUUUAUGGGUCUUGAAAGGUUUCUGAGCGGCAUACCACAGGAGGAAUUCAGAAAGUUCAGAGAUUUGGCUUCUGGUGAGAAGAAACAUAAGCUUUGA